AUGAGUCUCGUUGGAAAAAUUGCCAUCGUCACCGGGGCCUCCCGUGGCAUCGGGGCUAGCAUAGCGCUGGAGCUAGCACGACAAGGAGCAAAAGUCGCCUUGACCUAUUCCAGCCCAGAGAGUGAAAGUGCCGUGGACGAAGUUCUCUCCCAGAUUGCAUCGUUGUGCCACGGACAGGGAGCGAUCAAAGUCCUCGCCGAUCUGCGAGACUCUAAGGCGGCGGACAAAAUCCUAUACGCGACGCUUCGGGCCUUCCCAACCGCAGACACCAAGAUCAAUAUUCUGGUGAAUAAUGCAGGGGUUUCCCACUCCGAGGCACUCGUCAACACCAGCCCCGACGAAAUCUCCUCCGUGUUUAAUAUCAACGUCCACGGCACCAUACUUAUGGCCAAGUCUGUGAUUCCGCAUCUACGCUCACCAGGUCGUAUCAUAAAUAUCAGCUCGAUUGCGGCGCGUCGCGGCGCCCCGGGUUAUUCGAUCUACAUUGCGUCGAAGGCCGCCGUGGAGGGUUUCACCAGAGCGUUGGCUUGUGAGCUGGGUCCUGAGGGACAUACGGUUAAUGCAAUUGAGCCGGGAUUGGUGGAAACCCGUAUGCUGACAGACACUGUGCCGAAGGGUUUGCUGGAGUAUGUGAAGAUGAGCACGCCCCUGGGGCAAUCGCUCCGCUCUGCCUGA